GGUGCAUCAAUCAUUUAUGAUAGACGAUUAGGUUGAAGGCAAAACCAUGUGAUCCUUCAUGAGUAUCACUAGACCUGAUCCAAACCACUCAUUAGCUUGCAUUAAAGCAUUUCCACUGUACCUUAAUGUGUAUUGUAUAUAUAUAUAUGCACAAAACAUUUAGAUUUAAAAGCAUCACAGGUCCUUACAAUCUCAAGCAUCAAGAGCUCCUUUCUUUUGGAAGUCCUUACUGAUCUUUCUACUGCUCAUUCAUAUUCAGAAUAUGGGUUUCCGUCUACCUGCUAUUCUUCGUGCUAAGCAAAUUCUUCAGAGGUCUUCUUCUGCAAACCAAACAGCUCCAAUAGCCAUGGAUGUGCCAAAGGGCUACCUUGCAGUCUAUGUUGGAGAAAAGCGAAAGAAGCGAUUCGUGAUUCCAGUAUCAUACUUGAACAAACCAUCAUUUCAAGAUUUAUUAAUCCAAGCUGAAGAAGAAUUUGGAUAUGAUCAUCCAAUGGGUGGCCUUACAAUUCCCUGCAGAGAAAACAUGUUCAUUGAUGUUAUUUCUUGCUUAAAUUGUUCAUGAGACUUAAACUUUGAACACGCAAUUUUGUAAAGAAUAGAGUAGCAAGUACAAUGUACACAAAAAGCGUUGGAAUAUUUUUUCAAAAUUUUCUCCAAGACCA